UAUUACCUACCAGAGACACCUCUCGAUGUCGCAACCACAAUCAAGAACAUGAGGAGGGGUGACAUCCCCGAAGCCUUCAGGAGAAGGGUUGUCGAUUGGGUGUAUUAUGACCUGUGCACGUACUCAAUGUACCCCGGAAAGCUGUAUAGAGAAGCUGCUCAACAGCUUGUCAGGCGGUACCCCGUGCUCAGGGACGUCUCUCUAGAAGGGCAUGGCUCAUGGUACAUGGCGUUACGAAACAAAGGCAAGAACGGUAGGCGAAGAUUGGGAAACAGCAUGCCUGAGGUAAAUGCUGCCAUGGAAAAAAGAAGGUCACACAAAGAAAAGGGGGCUGAGGCACAUCCAAGGGAACCACAACACAUUCCACGGGAGUGUACCCACGCUUCUGUCUUUGGAGAAGGAGAGGACGAAGCAUCCAUCAAUGGCCACAUGGCUUUCAUGGCUAAAGAGAUGAGGAAGCGUGUCUUUGACAAGGAAAAAGUGAAGAAUGCAAUGGACAGGACGUUUCAGGCACGGAGAAACUGGAUAAAGACCGAGCGUCCACUAGUGCAGGACGUACUGAACAAGUACCCUGCAUUAAGACAUGAAGAAGAAGUUAGGAAUGAAUUCCAGCGCCUCACUGGCGUAGAAGCAGACACUUCGCUGCUCUCCUUCAUAAACAACUGUGGCGAAAAGGUACUGCAGCUAGCUUCACAGAAGAGAGCUCUCCAGGCUGAACUGAAAGCAUUUUGGAAGGAACUAGAACAGCUGCCAACGUCAGAACAAAAGUACUACUUUGCCAUCGGAGUAAUAAAGUCCCUGCCAGGUCUGCUCAGAGAGAAUUGGCAGAGACUCGUGGUCAAGCUGGAACCCGGCAUCCAGCACACUUAUCCGACCAUCACCUACACAGGCGAUGACCUGCUUACAACUGGGAGCAUCAGUGUUGUUGCAGAAGGACUCUCAGUCAACGUCUUGGAUGCCACCUCAGCUGUAUCGCUGUUGUUGUGUUUGUAUUGGACCUUUAAUAUUGAGUAUUCGCCAGUCAUUAAGAACACUCUCUCUGUACUAGAACGAAUGAUGGGGGUGAAGUACACCCGCCUAACAGCCCUCCCACUGCGGGUUGUAACAGCGCUAACAGCUUGAUGUGGACUCUAUUCCUCUCUUCAGCUUUAACCACAUAGACAAUGUGUUCAAAGUUGCGGUCUCAGGUUACGUGGAUGAUUUUCUACUCCAGUCACGCGCUUAAAGACAAUCAGUUAACUAACUUUUAGCUAUUACUGCUAACAAGUGUGUUCAUUUAGUAAACUUUGAGGUGGCCAUAUUUCUAGGUCAUUCCAUUUCAUACAAUCUUUGUAGCGUGUCCAUGUUCCGAGACAUUUAACUUCUUAUUUCGGCAAUUUGUGUAAAUACGGAUGUCUGAA